AUGGCUCCAGAAUACACCGACUACGCGCCGCUCCCGAUUAGAAACGAGGAGGGGCUUGAUCGAGACAAUGACUGGGUAUCCCAAACGAGAGUCAAGUCUACUUGGAUGCUGCACUCUAUUUUGACCCUGUCUCUUGUGUUGAAUGCGAGCUUUGUCCUCUACCAGCUUUCUUCUCCGGCGGACGUCUCCGACACGCAAGUCCUCUACUCUCCUGCCCAGGAUGUGCUUCGAUACAAAAACAUUGUUUUCGAUAGCUCAUUCGGUGCCAUGAAGACAAUGUACCAGGGUCCGCCGUCCAACGUGAACAAUGAUCUCUGGUCAGAGUUAUACAAUUUAUUUCAUCAGCUGCAUUGUCUGAAUCAAGUCCGCAAAGGCCUUUACGGCGAAGUAGACUGGACCGACGAGGAUGAUCACACGGGCAUUACCCACCUGGAUCAUUGUGUGGACAUAAUCAGACAGAAUCUCAUGAAACGGGGGAAACGUUUCAUCAGAGCCAGCAAGCUGACGAGCUCAGUGCAAUGCGGACAUAACCCCGCUGACAUGGACACGGGACUCGCAUGA